AUGAUUAAUGCCGAAAAAGGGUCAAUUUGGAGUCGUGGCUAUCGGUCACGACAAAAGUAUGCCCAGGACUUGCCUAAUCUCGUUCAAGCUGGACUUCGCAAGGCUAAUGCUUUUCGGAUUGCGGGCCCAGAUGGAAUCAAUGUCAUACUGUCACCGACAUAUCUGAACGAAAUCUGUAAUCAUCCCGCGUUACGUCUUGAGCCAGUCGCUGGAGAGGAACUAAACUCGCACAUUGCUGGAUUUGAGGUCUUUGCACAACUUGAAAUCAACCAUGUUAUAUCGGAUGUCGUUCGGACCAAGUUGACCCGGAGGCUCGAUUGGCAUGAGAUCUCACCACGAGAAACCGCCCUGCAAACGCUUAGUCGUCUGACAUCAUUGAUCUUCGUCGGCGAAAAAGUCGGCCGCAAUCCAGACUGGUCGAGAAUCCUAACGUCAUACAAUGUCGAAGUGUUCACUGCAUCAAAUGAGCUCAAGCUAUGGCCGAAACCACUUCGAUCCCUAGCAGCCCGCUUCAUCCCAUCAUGUCGUCAACUGCGCCAGUAUAUUCGGGAAGCCCGUGCCAUCCUCGAACCAGUAGUAGACAGUAGGCUCGAAGCUGAGGAAUAUGGCGACGAAAAGGAGUAUCCAGAUGUCAUUACUUGGCUCAAGGAAGCCUCCCAAAGAGCAGGCGAACCUCAUGAUCCCGUCUUAGCCCAAAUGAUGCUCGCUGCAGGCGCAUUUCAAACAUCAAGUGACCUCUUAUCUCAAGUCCUACUUGAUCUAUCCGCAAGAAAGGAUUGGAAUACAUUGAUUGAGGAGCUUCGCCAAGAGAUCGUGUCUGCACUGCAUGGGACCGGCUGGAAAAAAAUUGCUUUGAACGAUCUCAAGUUGUUAGACAGCGCGCUCAAAGAAACUCAGAGGCUAAAGCCCGCUUCCAUUCUUGCCAUGCCUCGAUAUGCUUCUGAGCAAAUCGACCUGGCAGAUGGGACCAUUAUUCCUAAGGGCUCGACAACAUAUGUCGCUAAUGUUGCCAUGCGGGAUCCCAAGAUCUAUACAAAUCCCGAUACAUUCGAUCCCUACAGGUUUUUGAGGUCGCGCGAGGCUGGCAACAGUUCAGCCUAUCUGGUCUCGACCUCUCCCGAGCACAUAGGGUUUGGCCUUGGACGGUACGAAUGCCCUGGGAGAUUCUAUGUCGCCAAUAUUACUAAGAUCGUUUUAUGUCAUAUGUUGUUGAAAUAUGACAUCAAGUUCUCAGAAACUUGUUCAGCAGCCCCCGUCACUUCCGGUAUUCGCUUAGAAUCAAAUCCAGAUGCACGCAUUCUUGUUCGACGAAGACAGGAGGAGAUACUGAUAUAA